CGCGCACAUAACGUUGCGAUGUAAACACGUUCGAUCGGCAGAGGCACGCGCCCGCUUCAGCGCUCGCGGCGUCACGGUCUCCCCGACUCUGCGUCGUGUGAAGCUCUCGGCAAAUGUGCGGACGAAUGCCGGCAUUGUCUUCGCCCUGCGCGGCCGGUUGUUGUCAGUCAAACCGCCGGGUCCUGGUGGAAACAUGGCAGCGUUAGCAAAAACACACACAACGAAUCUCACUUGGCUACGAGCAAAGCCACGUUAAAUUGGCAGUUUUCCGAAUGAAGUUCUGUAUGGUGACCCCCCCCCCCAACAUCACGCUUGAGAGCGGACCGUGUUGGGACGCUGCAGAUCUGUCGUGGUCUGAGCACAACACGGAGACACAGCAGGACGGGAGGAGGACAAGGGGGACACGGUCCGAAGUUGUACCAACUAUUUUUAACACGCGACUAACUAAGCGCGGCCCGGUCCGACAGGUCAGCAGAGAUGGAGACCGAGGUGUCCCCCUGACCACGAACACCGGUGGGGGCCGCGGCCAUGGGCUUGUUCAAACAGCAGAGGGUGGAGGACUUCUACGACAUCGGCGAAGAGUUGGGAAGUGGGCAGUUUGCCAUCGUAAAGCAAUGCAGGGAGAGGAGUACGGGUCUGCAAUUUGCCGCCAAGUUCAUCAAGAAGCGGCAGAGCAUGGCCAGCUCUCGAGGAGUGCGGCGGGAGGAAAUAGAGCGGGAGGUGAACAUCCUGCAGCGGACUCAGCACCCCAACAUCGUCACGCUGCACGACGUCUACGAGAACCGCACCGACGUGGUGCUCAUCCUGGAGCUGGUCUCCGGAGGCGAGCUGUUCGAUUUCCUGGCGCAGAAGGAGUCUCUGAGCGAGGAAGAGGCCACUCAGUUCAUCAAGCAAAUCCUCGAGGGGGUCAACUACCUCCACGCCAGAAAAAUUGCCCACUUUGAUCUCAAGCCCGAAAACAUAAUGCUACUGGACAAGAAUGCGCCGUUGCCGAGAAUCAAACUCAUCGACUUCGGUCUGGCUCACAAGAUUGAAGCCGGGGUUGAGUUCAAAAACAUCUUUGGGACACCUGAGUUUGUAGCACCGGAGAUUGUCAACUAUGAGCCGCUGGGAUUAGAAGCGGACAUGUGGAGCAUCGGGGUCAUCACCUACAUCCUGCUCAGUGGUGCCUCACCUUUCCUGGGGGAGACCAAGCAGGACACACUGGGGAACAUUUCAGCCGUGAAUUAUGAAUUUGAUGAAGAGUUCUUCGGUCACACCAGUGAGCUGGCCAAGAAAUUCAUCAGCCAGUUGCUGGAAAAAGAUAAGAAGAAAAGAUUAACAAUUCAAGAUGCUCUUAAUCAUCCGUGGAUCAAGUCCAAUGAGCACAAGGAGGAAAAUAAAGCCCAAGAGCCAAAGAAACGGGAGCGGCGCCAGCUGAAGACCAAGCGCCUGAGGGAGUACACUAUCAAGUCCCACUCAAGCAUGCCGCCCAACAACACCUACGUAAACUUUGAGCGCUUCGCCCAGGUGGUGGAGGACAUUGACCAGAUGGAGAGCUCGUUCAUUGGUCUGGCGGCAGCCCAUGACUCUCUGCAAGAAGAUAUUGAUGCCAUGGUCUCUAUAUACAAUGAAAAGGAGGCCUGGUACAAGGAGGAGAGUGAAGACGUGCGCCAUGACAUCUCGCAAAUCCGCUAUGAGUUCCGUAAGGUUGAGGCCUUGAAGAGGAGCCUGCAGGACGACAUGCGGGCCUUCAGCUCCAGCCUCGGGGACGUCAGCAGCCGCUACCAGGAGAGACAGAACCACUUUGAUGCACUGCGCCUGGAGCUGAGCAAAGAGCUGAAAUGGGUGCAGGAGGUGAUGGGUUCAUUUCCCAUGGAUGGAGGUGGCGGAGGUUACCCUAACUGCAACUUCGCCACCGUCUUCAACAGCGACGUGAACGAAGCGUUGAAAGAGCUGCUGAACCGCUCCUGUGGAGGAGAGCUGCUGUCUCCUGGGAUCAACUUGGACUUCACUGAGACCGGACAGCAAAGAUAAACGCCCGGUACCGCACAGUCAUUUAAAAACCAUUCAAUAUCACAACAGUGACUGGUAAAGGUGCAGUGGGAAGGACUGUGUCAGGCCUUAAAGGAUGAUAAAAGUUACACAUGCAGUAAGAAGUUAGUAAGUAUUAUCUUACUUUUUGCAUAAAAAAAUUGUGUAAAAUUGUGUAUUGUGUACGAUAUGAUCUAAGUCAAAUUUUUGGCUUUGUCUUGCUGUGUGUCGGACAACGAAGACAGACAUUGGCUUUUUCAUGUGUGUAUUUUGUCUGCUAGCUUAAUAUAAAAUUAUUAGAAAUGUUUUAAUUGA